AUGGAGAUUUUGCCACAAAAUAAUUAUUUAUCAUAUUUGGCCUCGGCAGGUGCUUCCAAUUUGCAAUUACAAAAUAUAUUGUUUGGAAAUGGCGAGAAUCCAUUUGCAUCCACUGCAAGCUACAUGAAGCAAGGUUCAUCCACCUCCACCACUCCAACGUCCAACUCGCCAUCGCCCUCACCAAACUCGAUGAUCAGUAUCAACCAAGCAAACUGGAGAAAGUGUUGCACCAACGCAUCAUGUCUGCUAUGCACUCGUGGCACCCCACGCUGUCUCUCAAUGAACCAUCCAUCAUGGACUUUGAUUCUGCGUGUUGUAUUUUACGCUCUUGCCCAGAUUCACCAGGACAAAGAGUUUUUCAACCUCAAGAAGGAAGUCAGCAAACAAUUCGAAGCUCUCCGAUUCGAAGAUGUCCAUCCACCCUACUCACCAUCACAACAAUCGCCACCAAUGGCACCAGAGAUCUCUUGGCGUAUCAAAUCGCGCAGCUCACCAUCCAAAGACGAUCUCAACAACAACAACAACAACAAAUCCACCACUCCAACCUUGUCAUCAAAAAUCACAACAUCAUCUUCAGGAAAUUGUAAUAGUUACAGUCCAUACCAACGUUAUGAUAAAGACAAGAUCAUGGAUAUCAAAAAGUUGUUAUCACUAGGUGUUAACAGCAACAAUUCAAAUAACAACAACAAUAAUAAUAUAUCAGUACUUGACUCUGAUGAAGAUCCAUAUGAUAUCUCUUCACCAUUGUCAUCAGAUAACUCCUACCAUGGAAGUUCGCCAUAUAGCCAUUCCGUUUCCACCUUUAACCAACCAUCCAAUUUCAAAUUCAUCCACCCAAGCAAGAAAACCACCAACACUUCUUCGCUUUCCCCGAUUUCAUCACCAUUCCUCACAGACUCCAAUGAUAUAAACAACAAUAACAAUAACAACAGUUUCUCAAUGACUUCAUCUUCUCCAUCGUUUGCUCCACCAUUCCAACUCACUCCACCAUCCAACUUGACCUCAACCACACCAAACAACAGUACAUCACCAAAGCAUUUAUCAUCGCCAUCCAAACUCAUGAGACCGGAAUAUGGAGAUGAUCUCAUUGUUUCCAAGAUUCACCAAAUGAAAUCAAUUCUAAAUUAUUUACCAUUACUUAGAGUUAAAAAUAUAUCAGCAUCAUCAUCAUCCUCAUCUUUUAAAAUUCUGUCUGUUGUUCCUGUGUUUCUUUGUUUAAUGAUUUUAUAA